AUGAACAGCUUCGGCAUCGUCGACUACGUGGCGUUCGGCGCCACCAUUCUCAUGUCACUUGGAAUCGGUUUGUAUUUUGCCCUGUCUGGUGGACGUCAGCGAUCUACAUCAGAGUUUCUGGUCGGAGGUCGCAACAUGCAGAUUAUCCCCGUCGCGUUGUCGCUCAUGGUGUCCUUUGAAUCGUCCAUCAUGAUCCUUGGCAUUCCAGCUGAAGUGUACGUGAAUGGCGCCCAGAUCUGGAUCUCUACCUUCGGUCAGUGUCUGAUGGUGUUCUUUCUUACUGGUCUACUGGUUGUGCCUUUGAUGCAUCCACUAAAGAUAACGUCUGUUAAUGAGUAUAUACAAAGGCGUUUCAACUCCCGUGCAGUCCGCCUCUUGGGAACUUUUGUUGGUCUGUUAUACUACGUAUUCUACAUGGGAAUAGUAGUGUUUGGGACAGCCAUAGGUCUCGAAGAAGUGACUGAUAUACCCAAAGUUUGGUCAAUGUUCCUCGUCAUCUUUGCUGCCAUCAUUUAUACAGCAAUGGGUGGUAUCAAAGCAGUUGUAUGGACCGAUGUCUUCCAGACGUUCAUUAUGACCCUCGGAAUCCUGGUCAUUAUCAUUAAGGGUACCUUAGAUGUCGGGGGAGUGGUUGAAGUGUGGUCUGCUGCAUCCAAAGGCGGAAGAUUUAACAUGUUAAACUUUGAUCCUGAUCCAACUGUGCGCCACACGUUCUGGGGGCUCUACUUUGGAAACUUGGCAAGAGGACUCCAUUUGUCAUUCAACCAAUCAACCGUACAACGUAUAUGUUCAAUGAAGACCCUGAGGGGAGCACAGAAAGUUACCUUUCUCGCCGGUCCAAUCUACUGGCUAUCUUUUACACUCUCCAUACUAAUCGGUAUCGUGGCUUACUCCUAUUACGAUCAUCUGGGAUGCGAUCCUCUUGCUUCUGGUCAAAUCACCAACCCAAAUCAGAUCGUUCCCUUCCUGACCGUGGACAUCUUCAAAGGUAUCCCUGGGAUGCUUGGACUGUUUGUGGCAGCUCUCUGUAGUGCCUCCCUGAGCACUGUUUCCUCUGGGCUGUCCAGUUUGUCGGCAACAACCUGGGAAGACAUCCUCAAGCAUCACCUGCCAAACCAUUCCGACUUCAAGGCAACACUUGUAGCUAAAGUAGCAGUGAUCAUCUACGGAGUGUCUUCCUUGGGGGUAGCGAUCCUAAUAUCAUUGGUAGGAGGAACAUUGUGGCAGGUAUGA